UCUGUAUCCUUUGAAGUGACCAAAAGCCAUAAACUGUUGUUAAUAGUUAAAGAAAAAUAAAAACGAAAAACCGAGUGAAAAUACAUUUGUCAAUAACUAUAAAAAGCCACAUUAAAAGGCCAUUGUUCAGUGUUGAUAUCUCCUGAAUCGCCAUCAUUCUCUCUCUUUUCGGCUGCAGUGCAAAAAAAACCAUUAAACACGCCAAUAAAUGUUGGGAUUAUUGAAUUUCUAUUACCUGGACGGCAAUAAAAAGCCAUGUGGCAAUCAAUGGAAAUCCACUUUCCAUGCUGCCGUCUGUCAUGCUGUUAUGAAAAACUCUUCAAGUGUAAUGGCGGUGCCGGACAAAUCCUCGCUACAAAUGACAAAAACACCGUCGUCAAAUAUUUAAAAAAUCAUCAGCCAAAAUAUCAUCACCGUCAUCACCAACGUCGCUGCGGACACAAUCAAUGCCAAUUACAAAAUUGUCCCGAUUAUCAUUUAAAAUGUUGUUGUGGUUGUUGUUGUUGUCUCAUUAAAUGCUUAAAAUCCAAUAAGAACAACAAAACACCGAUACGACAGUUAAACGUUUUAAAGCCAAGGUAUUUUGGUGGUCACAAAUCCCUUUGGAGAAGGGGAAACACCAACACCACCACCCUCACCGCCGCCACCUUCAAUAUUGUAAACAUUGAUAACAAGAAGAAGCAGCGAAAUUGGCACCUGCUGUCAGCGAAUGUACCACAACCAGAACACCUUGGAGAACAACAACAAAAACACCAUCAUAUAAAGUAUUAGCCUUGAUAGAGCAUUUAAUGAAAAACUGGUGUUCAACAGAUUGAAGAGAGGGAGAGGGAGAGAGAAAGAAAUUUUUCCCCGAGAAAAAGAAAAACGAAGAACUUUUGAAAACAAAUCAAACACAGAAAACCGCUUGUUGUGAAUGUUAAAAAGUUGAAUACUCCAUCGAACUUUUUGCGGAGAUUUAUAGAAUUUCCCUGGAAACCCUAACAAGCCCUCCCCCGCCAAGAUACCCCUUUAAGAGACUGACUUGUUUGAGUGUUGAUUUUUGUUGACCACCGAAAAGAUGACACCCCCACCACUGCUACCACCCCACCCCACAACCACAUCGUUUGCCACAACAACCCUGGCAACAGCCGCUGCCACAGCCACCAACUCUCUGCUAACAUCUUUGAUAAACAUGACAACUAUUACAAGUUCCUCAGCGCCCGACUCCAUGCCGGCUGGCCUCAGUUCGCCUAACGAUGUCUUCAGUGGCAGCAACAACAGUGGGAGUGGUUACAAUCAUCAUCAGCAACAGCAGCAGCAACAACAACAUCACAAACAUCUGCAUCACCAGUCGUCGGCUUCAGCUGCCUCCCAGCCGUACCAGUCGUCUCACCACAAUCAUCUGAUACACAUUGCCGAGGACACAAAUUCGAAAUAUUUGAAUUUUGUGGCCAACGGCCUGUUGGACACCAGCGGCGUUAUAGGUGGUGGUGGUGCCGUCGUUGGCUCUGGCAAUGCUCUGGAAAUUGGCCACAUGGACGAUCCGUUUAGUAUAAGUAAUUUUGGCAACAUUGGUGGCUCCACAGAUGGAGGCGUUAGUCCCGUUUCAGUGGCCAGCCUUGGCACAGACAUCACCGGCAGCGGCAGUGCCGGCGGUGGUGGCAGCAGUUCAGUUCCUAUCGAUGCCCUCAGCGAGUCGCAUUUAACAUUUGUCAUCGUCAAGUGUUUCAUUAUCGGUUUCAUCAUCCUCGCUGCCAUACUCGGCAACAUGCUGGUCAUUGUAUCCGUCAUGCGACACAGGAAAUUGCGGAUUAUCACCAAUUAUUUUGUGGUCUCUCUGGCGGUGGCGGAUAUGCUGGUGGCUCUGUGUGCCAUGACCUUUAAUGCUUCCGUGGAAAUAUCCGGCAAAUGGAUGUUCGGCUCAAUCAUGUGUGAUAUGUGGAACAGUUUCGAUGUAUACUUUUCGACGGCGAGUAUCAUGCACCUGUGCUGCAUAUCGGUGGAUAGAUACUAUGCCAUUGUCCAGCCACUGGAUUAUCCUUUAAUUAUGACACACCGGCGAGUGUUCAUCAUGUUGGUCAUUGUGUGGCUGGCGCCGGCCCUGCUCUCAUUUCUGCCCAUCUGUUCCGGUUGGUAUACGACCAGUGAAAAUUGGCGUUACUUAAAGUCAAAUCCUCAUAUCUGUGAAUUCAAAGUCAAUAAAGCGUAUGCCAUUGUCAGCUCAUCGGUAAGCUUUUGGAUACCUGGCAUUGUCAUGCUUUCAAUGUAUUAUCGCAUUUAUCAGGAAGCAGAUAGACAGGAACGGCUAGUUUACAGGUCGAAAGUUGCCGCUCUGCUGCUGGAGAAACAUUUGCAAAUAAGUCAAAUACCCAAACCCCGUCCUAGCAUCCAGGUGGAGCCCUCAACCAUAUCGACGAUGCGAAGAGAACGCAAAGCGGCACGCACCCUGGGCAUCAUUAUGAGUGCCUUUCUGCUGUGUUGGCUGCCCUUCUUCCUUUGGUACAUCACAUCAACACUGUGUGACAGCUGUACCACUCCUCGCAUCGUUGUGGGCAUCCUCUUUUGGAUUGGUUAUUUCAAUUCGGCCCUGAAUCCCAUUAUUUAUGCCUACUUCAAUCGGGAUUUCCGCGGAGCAUUUAAGAAAACAUUGAAGUCCUGCUGUCCGUACAAGCUCAUAAAUUGUCGUGUCAGCGCUGGCGGCGAAAUGCCACCGUUUGUUAAUUCCACAGCUUCAUCGGAGAUCCACAUGAAUAUACUGCGGGCACGUCAGUACGCCACCUCGGCCUCAUCGCAUCAACUGCAGACAUUAUAUCAAAAUUAAAGAUGUGAGCGAGAAUAGCAACAGCAACAAUAUUUACAACAACAACAACUAGAGAAGAAAAUGGAAAAAGUAAAGAAAACUCAUACGGAACCUAGUUACUGUACUUCCCCACCACCAUCUUCUCAUCAUCCCCCUGUUGCUGGCUGCUGCAAGUAGGUAGGUAGUAGAUAAACGAAUUUGCCGUUAAACGAAUCGCAAGUUAAGACGUCACAAAUAAUCCUCAAAACACAACGGGCAUAUCACUCAAAAAGCCAAGAACAAAAACAGCAGAACGGACAUCUUCCAUCUAUCAUCCGAACAAUUGAGACAGAAAAGUGUAUUUCCACCAUAAUCUUAAGCUUAAAACAAAAACAGAAAAACCUACCGCAUACAAACACACGAACCUAAGCUCCAUUGGAUGGCCUGAAGCCAUUUCCUAGUGCACUUUUGUGUACUUUUUUGGACAAACCAUCAUCAGACCACUGGGACACCAUCAUACACCAACACACUCCCACACACACAAACGGAAAACUUCUAAGGUAUGGUAGUCACAAAGAAAACAAACCAAAGAAUUCUGAAACAUAAACAAUAAAUACACAAAUAGUCAAAGUUAAUAAGUUGUAGUUCAACUUCAAUAAAACAAAAGAACAGUUGUGUGGCAUGAAAUAGCAAAGUUAUAAAAACAGAAAAAAAUGCGAAUUACGUUCGGCCGGACCGAACUUUUAAUACCCUCUACCAUUUGGAAGAAAUUUGCAAUUUCAAGCUGAUCUAGGAUAUAUAUACAUUGUGGAGUUUAAAAUGGAUUUUUGGAGGAGUUACAAACGGGAUGACAAGCCUAAUAUACAGGGUGAGAUAAAAAAACUGUAACAAAGUCAAACGCCAUAAUUUUUACAUUUUUUUUUUUUUUAAUUUUAUUGAAUGAAAGCAAAACAUUUUGGACAUAGCUUUAAAUCUUGGAAUAAGUAUUGAUUUGUUCGAAUUGGUAACCCUUGGCACGAAUUAUGCCCUUCAAACGGCCAAUGAAACCGUCACACGCUGCCCGAAUGUUGCUCUGCGGUAUUUUAAGGUGAUCGACACUUUGGAAUUUUUAGUGCCAACCUUGCUUUCCAGAGAUUUUGUUGGCCAUUGGACGCUGGAAAUGAAGCGAGGAAUCUCAUUUUGUAACCAUUCUUGGGUGGUGCGUGCUGAAUGUGAUGGUUCUGAGUCCUCUUGGAAUGUCCAAGGUCUGCAACCAAAAUGUUUGCGUGCCCAAGACUUAAUGCACCCUACAGAAUAUGUUCGCGAUAAUAUUCGGCAUUUUUUCUGAUGCCAUGGCCGAUUAAUACGAACGGAGAGCGACCAUCGGCUUUAAUGGCGGCACACACCAUCACCAUGGCCGGCGCUUGAGUUCUGGUGGCCAAUCGAAGAUGCACAUUUUCAGCUGACCUCUUUGGCAAGUAAAAACGAUCAUUUUGUUUGUUUACAAAGUGCUGGACAAUGCAUGUUUAGUCGUCGAAGAAAACCGAAUUUGGCAGUUCACCACUUACGGCCAAGCGAGCCAACUCUGAGUCUAUUUUCUUUCUGUUGCGGUGUAAGUUCUUGCACUCCUUGGAAUUUCAAUGGAAUUUACCACGAGCUCAUUUUUCACUAUUU